UGUCUAUGGCGAACUCUAGACUUCAGUAUAUAUUGAUUGUUAUGUUUGCUCUUGUGCUUAUUCAAUGUAGAAGCAUGAAUACUCGCAACCGUAACCGUCAGCCAUCCCCAUCUCCUUCUCCUCCUCGCCAUCAGCACCAGGCCCCUCCGGCCAUGGACCUCACUCAGCUUAUCGUUCAGUUUCAGCGCAUGAAUGCGCCAACUUUCACGGGGACUGAGAACCCCACAGCAGUGCUUCAGUGGAUGAAGGAGCUGGACAAAAUCUUUGUUGUACUCCCCCUCCCCGACCGUCAGCGCGUGUCUCUUGCGGCAUAUCAGAUGAAGGAAGACGCCUCAGACUGGUGGAUUGAGCUUUGGGCCCGGAAGCCCGAGGCGGAGCUUCAUGCUCUCUCUUGGGAGCAAAUGAAGACGAUGGUGCGUAACAAGUUCCUCCCCCAGAGCUUUUGGGACAGAAUGGAGCACGGAUUCUAUCACUUGCAGCAAGGCAGCUCCUCGGUGGAUGAGUACAUCCACACUUUCACCCGUAUGUGCCUUUUUGCGGGUGAUGCGGUGAACACUGAUGCUAAGAAGGCCCGGAAAUUUCUCAAGGGUCUCAACCAGAGGAUCGGUGAGUUGGUGGGAAGUCAUGGACCGAUGUCCUAUGCUGAUACCGUGAGCCGAGCUCAGGAAGUGGAGAGCUGUCUCAUCCCGGUUGUUCCCAUUCCAUCUUAUCCUCCGGCCUCUCAGCCUCCUCAGGCUAUCCAGUAUGCUCAGCCCAUCUCGACC